AAGUUGUGAAAAUUAUUGCAAUGUAGAACAGAAGCACGUCUUUUAGUUCCAGCUACUUUCUUAUAAAAGCCAGACACUGAACUCGUGGACUUUGUUACUGUCACAAUCUUUCUCACACACACAGAGACCAGAAAGAGAGACUAAAACAGUAGUAUUAUGGAGAAGGAGAGCACAGAGAAUCGGAAACAAGCUAGGAUAGCCAUAAUGGAACUAGCCAACAUGAUCAGCGUACCCAUGUCCCUAACCGCCGUCGUACGCCUCAACGUCGCUGAUGCCAUCUGGCAAGGCGGGUCCAACUCACCUCUCACCGCCUCUCAGAUCCUGACACGUGUCCUCCCCUCGGGUCACCAAGGGGACCCGGAGAAUCUCCAGCGCAUCCUCCGCAUGCUCACCAGCUACGGUGUGUUCGCGGAGCACCUUAUCAAAACCCCGGACUCCGACGCCUCGGAGAGACAGUAUUCUCUGACCGAGGUUGGGAAAGCUCUUGUCACGGACAGCGAGGGAUUAUCCUAUGCUUCGUUCGUGCUACAGCACCAUCAGGACGAGCUGAUGAGAGCGUGGCCGUUGGUCCACGAGACUGUGGUGGACCCCACUUUGGAGCCAUUUGUGAAAGUCAACGGUGAGCCUCCGUACUCGUACUAUGGGAAAAGGCCGGAGAUGAACGGUUUGAUGGUGAAAGCUAUGUCCGGUGUAUCUGUGCCGUUCAUGAAGGAUUUUUUGGACGUCUAUGAUGGGUUUGAUGGAGUGACAACACUGGUUGAUGUGGGUGGGAGUGCAGGAGAUUGCUUGAGGAUGAUAUUGAAGAAGCAUCCUCAUGUUAAGGAGGGAAUCAACUUUGAUUUGCCGGAGGUCGUUGCCAAAGCACCCAUCAUUCCCGGCGUGACCCACGUUGGUGGUAAUAUGCUCAACUCUAUUCCGGCUGCUGAUGCUAUCUUCAUGAAGUGGACCUUGGAGAUAUGUACAGACGAUGAAUGCAAGUUGAUUAUGGAGAAUUGUAACAAGGCAGUUCCAGUUGGAGGAAAGUUGAUUCUUUGUGAGCCAGUGCUGCCUGAGCAGUCUGAUGAGAGUCAUAUGACUCGUGCACUCUUAGAAGGAGACAUCUUUAUCAUGACUGUCUAUAGGACCAAGGGUAAGCAUAGGACUGAAGAAGAAUACAGGCAGCUUGGUCACUCAGCUGGUUUCAAACAUUUCCGGCCAUUCUAUCUCAAUGAUUUCUUUACUAUUCUGGAGUUCCAAAAGUGAUGAGUUACUUAGUGAACUCCACCUGUAUCAAAGAAAAUGUCUGCCAUAUAAGUGACUAGUGGUCAUUACUAAAAAAAUAAAAACUAAGGCAUCUUCUUCAUCACUCAAAUUGUACUAGUCUUUGAUGGCCGAAUCGCA